GACGAUGUCAGUAUGUCACCGAAGAUAUCUACUACAACAUUCACACAUUUAUUCAUUUUAAAAAUAAUUUGAAUAUGGGUACAACAUUAAUUAUUAUAAAAACAUAAUGUAAAGAGCCAAUUAGGUAGAAUGACGGAAACGCGCCGGCGGACGGAGACGCACCAGAGGCGAGUGCGGUGGAGACGCUCGGCGGUGGAGGCGGAGAAUCCGGAGGCGAGUGCGGCGGAGGAAAAGGAAGGGGAGAGGAAUGGGUUCGUAGCCGUCGGACUCGGAUCAUCUCCGCCACUUCGCAGUUUCCGCGACGUCGCCGUCUCCGCCGCACGGUGUGGGCAUUGCCGUCAAUUCCUCCAAGAGAUCUGCGACGCGUCGGAGAUCAAACUCAUAAUCACCUAUCCGAACGCUACCGCAGAUUCCGACGCCGAUUCAGACGGAUUCCGACACCGAGGGAGCAACUUGCCGCACAGAUCAAGUCCUGAGGAUCUUCUCGAUAAAGACUUCCCUCUCAUCCUCGAGCUUCGCGAUAACAACCUCACGAUCUCGGAUCGCGAUCCAAUCUCCAACGGAAACACCGAUUCCGCCGUGGAAUUGAAACGUGCGGCUCUUGCGGCGGCAAACAGAUCGUACGCGCCGUAUAGUUUGUGUCCGUCGGGUGUUUCGCUUGUGGUGGUGAAGAAUAGUCCUGGGAAGCGGGUCAGACCCGCCCCGCAUGACCCGCCCCGCAGCGGGUUGAAGUCAAUUUUGCAGUUUAAGAUUUUACCCGCUUGACCCGCUAGGAGUUGAAUCGA